UUACAGCUUGCUUUCAGUGCACAGUCCUCAGACUCAUCAAAACUACGCGCUAUGCGCUUCAGAGCCUCUAUAGAAAACCCCCAAACCUUCUUCCGCAUUAUCCAGGCUAUCGAGAAGCUGCAGAAGAAAUGCAUAAUCAAGUUCACUGAGGAUGUCAUGUACAUUAUCUGUAAUAGUGAGGCAAACGAGGGCGGCAUUCAGGUCUGGUCACAAAUCAAAAUCGAUUCUGUCUUCACUUCCUACCGUAUCCAAUCCAAUGCCGCCAAUGUUAUUACACUCGCUCUCUCCUCUGAGACCCUUCUUGCCAUCCUACGCUCAGCUGCUGUUCCGUCAAAGUCCACGUCUGCCUACGAAACAGAGGAGAUUGUCAUGAAACUUGCAAAGAAGAACGAUCAAGCAGUGCUCAGCUUUGAGAUUAGUGGGAUGACGAGACAAGGCAGGAGGGUUCAUGUCUCUCAUGAUGUGAAAAUAGAGGUCAUGAAGCCUGCGGAUGUGGCAAAUCUCAAAGAGCCGAUGUGUCCUGAACCCGAUGUGCAUAUAAUUCUACCGCCGCUUCAGAAACUGCGUACCAUUGUUGAACGACUUCGACCCAUGUCAGACUUUUUGGCGGUACGCGCGAACAACAACGGACGUUUGCAUUUGUCCAUACAAACGGAUGGCGUUGCCGUCGAUACUGAAUGGAAGAACUGCAAGAAUACCACUCGAGCCGCUGGAGCCUCGCAAGAGCCUGAUCCCGAGACCAACGAUCCUGACCAACUCUUUUCGGUACUUGUUUCGACGCGUAGCUUCUUCAAGUUCUUGAACAGCCACGUUGUGUCCACAACGACGAUUGCUUGUAUCUGCCAGAACCAUUGCAUGAUUCUAUACGUCUACGUCGGUGAUUUAGCCGACGCUGGUGGCGUCCUAACCUUCUACAUUCCGGGGCAAAUACUGGGCGAUUAG